AUGUAAGGAAAUAAAAGAGUUAAGUUCAAAGAAAUAGUUGAAAAACAUUUUGUUGAUUCAUUACCUUUGUUUAUGGAUUUCAUUAUGGUGUCAAUUCAAUUAAAAGAGUUCGAUCUUGAAUACUUUACAAAUGGAUUAUUAUUACAGAUAGAAAUAAAUAAUAAUAAAUUAAUUGUAAUAAUUGGAUUGUUUACAUUUGUAGGAUUAUAAUCAUUUUUAUUUUUGUAAGAAGAAGAUUUAAAUGAUGAAUCAGUUUUAUUUUAUAGAUGGAUAAAUAGCUUCCAUUUACAGAUAGGAGAGUAAGAUUAUUUGCAUAUGAUCUAAAAAUAAAUUAAUGAUAAAUUAUUAGCAAGAGUUGGAGCUGAUGAUUUAUAUUUUAGUUUUAAGAUCAAUUAUAGUAAUAAGAAAAAUUAGGAUUAAAAAUAUGCUAGAAUCAUAAUGAUUUUUGAAAGUGAUUAAAAAAGUGGAUCACAUCAUAUAAAACAAUUUUUGAAUAAAUUAAGAUAGAAUUGGAAAUGUUGA